CAUCGUUUUUACCAACCAUUUUCUAUGGAAAGUAAAGGGUAUCGUGUAUCCACUGCCGGUGGUAAAUCUGACGGGCGCGACGCCUUCAGAGAAGCCUGAUCUUCGGACCUGUCUCCACUCCAGCUGAGAUACUUGAAGGAUCGGGCGGAGUUGAUCUGCCUUGUCUUAUCACUACAUCACUAUAACCCCAGUCAUCUUCUCGAUUAUCUGCAUCAUCCAAAAUGGUUGGCUUCAAACCCACCGACGUCCCCCCUACCGCCGCGGUGAAGUUCAUUGGCGCAGGUACGGCAGCGUGCAUUGCUGACCUGUUCACCUUCCCUCUGGACACUGCGAAAGUCCGUCUCCAGAUCCAAGGAGAGACCAAGACACCAGUCAACGUGAAGUCUUCCCAGUAUAAGGGCGUCUUCGGGACCAUCUCCACCAUGGUCAAGACUGAAGGACCGCGGAGCCUUUACAACGGGCUGGUGGCCGGUCUCCAGCGACAGAUGAGUUUCGCGUCCGUCCGUAUCGGACUCUAUGACUCUGUCAAGCAAUUCUACACCAAAGGAUCUGAACAUGUCGGAAUCGGGAGCAGACUUCUCGCCGGCUGCACGACCGGAGCCAUGGCCGUCGCAAUCGCUCAGCCCACGGAUGUGGUGAAGGUGCGCUUCCAAGCUCAGGCCAACGUCUCCAGCUCCAGAAGAUACAAGGGGACGAUGGACGCCUACCGGACCAUCGCCAAGGAGGAGGGCAUGCGCGGCCUCUGGAAAGGCACCGCCCCCGGCAUCACCCGAAACGCCUUAGUAAAUUGCACUGAGCUGGUGACCUAUGACCUCAUCAAGGACGCCCUCCUGAAAUCCAACCUCAUGAGCGACACCCUCCCGUGUCACUUCACCGCUGCGUUCGGCGCUGGUUUCUGCACCACGGUGAUCGCUUCCCCCGUUGAUGUAGUGAAGACAAGAUACAUGAACUCUGCCAAGGGACAGUACCAAAGUGCCCUGAACUGUGCCCUCACCAUGGUGCGCAAGGAGGGGCCCAUGGCUUUCUACAAGGGGUUCAUGCCGUCCUUCCUGAGGCUGGGCUCCUGGAACGUCGUGAUGUUUGUGACGUACGAGCAGCUGAAGAGAGCCAUGAUGUCCGCCCGCGUCUCCUGGGAGGCUCCUUUCUGAGGCGCCGCUCUGGCCUUUGGGUUGUAACCUCUCCCCCGGCCUGUCUCUACCUCUUAGUACGGUUUACGUUAGGUCCCCCCAUUGUCCUUUCUUCACACUUAUAAAAAAAAAAAAAAAAAAAGGAAUAAUAUAAACUAAAAAAAAAAAAAAUAUCCCAUUCUUCACCAGUCUAGGAGCAAGCGGGAAUGUCCUGUGGCGGCCAUGUUGCCGUCUCCUAGUUUUCUGUAACAAAAAGGGACCUUUUUUAAAAAAAAAAAAUAGCCCCGCCCUCCCCUGAAUAUUUUACUUCAGCUUUUAGUGUUUUUUAUUUUUAAUAAGAAUUUGUCAAUUUUGAUGCCUGAGUUUAGGUUUAGCUCCAGUUUUGAGAAUUGACAUACAGCUGCUCCAGAUUGGUGUCCCUCAGUUGUCAAUUCCCAGCACGUUCUCACAGCUGGCUGUCGGGGCAUGCUGAGAGUUGUAGUUUUGCUUCAUCUUGGGGGGGGGGGGGAAUGAUGCCAUACGUGUAUUACCAGAGCUUUCCUAAACUGCCAGUGCAGCUUUGGUUGUGACUAGAGUGUGGUUAUCCUAGUAGUGUUUGCAGGAUUACUGGUCUGGUGGUUGUGUAGUCAUAUGGGGCCAGUUAUCAGUUGCAGCUUUCAAUUCCUUUAAGCACACCACAAGCUGCAACCCAAGAGGACUUCUGCUUUUUUUUUUUUUUUUUUUGUUUGCUCACUCAUCUGUUGCGCGACGGUCACGUUCCAGACGUGACUCGUCUGCAGACUACUCCCCUCACCCUCCUCGGGACCAAACCACUCCUGUUCACGUGUUUUAAUUCUUUUUUAAUGUAUGACUUUGCAUGAUCUAAAAAUAAAGAUGCACAAAACG